UAGCGUUGCACUAACUGAAAGUAAGGUAUAUAUAGCCAGCAAGAUCGAAAGUAUCCCAUAUUUGUUCCUCAGUUUACACUAGACUUCGAGAUGCAGAUUUUUGUGAAGACAUUGACUGGUAAAACGAUCACUUUGGAAGUCGAACCGAGUGACACCAUUGAGAAUGUGAAGGCUAAGAUUCAAGAUAAAGAAGGAAUCCCACCCGAUCAACAGCGUCUGAUCUUUGCUGGGAAGCAGCUGGAAGAUGGUCGUACAUUGUCUGAUUACAAUAUCCAGAAAGAGUCCACUCUUCACUUGGUGUUGCGUCUUCGUGGUGGUAUGCAGAUUUUUGUGAAGACAUUGACUGGUAAAACGAUCACUUUGGAAGUCGAACCGAGUGACACCAUUGAGAAUGUGAAGGCUAAGAUCCAAGAUAAAGAAGGAAUUCCACCCGACCAGCAGCGUCUGAUCUUUGCUGGGAAACAGCUGGAAGAUGGUCGUACAUUGUCUGAUUACAAUAUCCAGAAAGAGUCCACUCUUCACUUGGUGUUGCGUCUUCGUGGUGGUAUGCAGAUUUUUGUGAAGACAUUGACUGGUAAAACGAUCACUUUGGAAGUCGAACCGAGUGACACCAUUGAGAAUGUGAAGGCUAAGAUUCAAGAUAAAGAAGGAAUCCCACCCGAUCAACAGCGUCUGAUCUUUGCUGGGAAACAGCUAGAAGAUGGUCGUACAUUGUCUGAUUACAAUAUCCAGAAAGAGUCCACUCUUCACUUGGUGUUGCGUCUUCGUGGUGGUAUGCAGAUUUUUGUGAAGACAUUGACUGGUAAAACGAUCACUUUGGAAGUCGAACCGAGUGACACCAUUGAGAAUGUGAAGGCUAAGAUUCAAGAUAAAGAAGGAAUCCCACCCGAUCAACAGCGUCUGAUCUUUGCUGGGAAGCAGCUGGAAGAUGGUCGUACAUUGUCUGAUUACAAUAUCCAGAAAGAGUCCACUCUUCACUUGGUGUUGCGUCUUCGUGGUGGUAUGCAGAUUUUUGUGAAGACAUUGACUGGUAAAACGAUCACUUUGGAAGUCGAACCGAGUGACACCAUUGAGAAUGUGAAGGCUAAGAUCCAAGAUAAAGAAGGAAUUCCACCCGACCAGCAGCGUCUGAUCUUUGCUGGGAAACAGCUAGAAGAUGGUCGUACAUUGUCUGAUUACAAUAUCCAGAAAGAGUCCACUCUUCACUUGGUGUUGCGUCUUCGUGGAGGUUAAUUUUAUUUCAGUUCAUUUACCUUAAUAAACUUUUAAUUUAACUUAGUUCUCUAUUUGUUUUGUUCUUGAUUCUUCGUGUGUGUGUCUAGUGUAACUGUGACUCCUAAUCAAUGUAGAUUUGCUGGUGUUAUGCAAUUAAGCCUAUCGAGUUAUGUUGUGCCAGUUACCUGAAUUUAGUAAGUUUCGAUGUUCUGAUUUUAUUAGGAUUAGUGUCGUAUUGAUUUGGAUCCGUCCUUGAUCUUACUGCGUUGGUCGCAUUGCUAACUUGGAUGCUCGUCGUACGUUAUUGCCUGCUCGGACUCGUAUGCUGAAGUGUACGUGCGUCCUGUCAACUAGUAAUUAAUGUUCGUAAAAAGUCUCGUGGAAAAGUUUACGUGCUCUAGGCUAGCCGAAUAUAUAUAUAUUCUCUUCAUGACUGUCUGGGUGACAUGUGCGUGAG